AUGACAAGCCAAACCCCGACAGUACGAAUAGUAGAAGUAGGACCACGAGAUGGCCUACAAAACCACAAAAGCCCCGUAUCGACGACGACAAAACUAGAAUUGAUCCAGCGCCUAGAAGACAGCGGGCUACGCACAAUCGAAAUGACAUCGGUCGUCUCACCGAAAGCAGUGCCGCAAUUAGCAGACUGUCGCGAUAUACUCGGCGACACGGGGAUUCAACACCGACUGCGAACAUCGCCUCUGCGCUUCCCGGUGCUUGUUCCUAACUUGAAGGGACUUGAGAUUGCGAUGCAGUAUGGCGUCAAGGAGAUUUCGGUCUUUAUCAGCGCUACGGAUGGCUUUAGUCAGGCGAAUAUCAACUGCUCGGUGCUUGAGAGUAUUGAGCGGGUUAACCGAGUUGUGGCGCUAGCUACGAAGGCUUGUAUCGCUGUAAGAGGAUACGUCUCUUGUAUCUUCUCAGAUCCAUAUCAUGGUGAAACAUCACCAGCAGCCGUCCUCCGCUCAACGCGGGCUCUUCUAGGCGCAGGAUGUUAUGAAGUAAGUCUAGGGGACACGCUAGGCAUCGGAUCGCCGGCAGACGUGCGCAGGCUCUUGAAAUACCUGAUAAGCCAUGGCAUUUCGCCCGACAGGCUGGCUGGCCAUUUCCACGACACGUAUGGCCAAGCUGUAGCCAAUGUGUGGGAAGCAUAUCAGUGCGGAAUCCGCGUGUUCGACAGUAGUGUCAGUGGGUUGGGUGGUUGCCCCUUUGCACCUGGCGCAAAGGGAAAUGUCGCAUCGGAAGAUGUGGUGUAUAUGUUCCAUAACGCGGGCAUUGAGACUGGCGUUGACUUGGCUAAAUUGGCCGUUACUGGUGAUUGGAUCUCGCGGCUUCUUGGAACGGUCAAUCAUAGUCGUGUUGGUCCUGCGAUUUUGGGAAAAGAGAUGGCUUUCCUUGGGGAGCAUCAUGGGGAUUUGACUAUCUCUUGGGAUUUCAUUGAGGCGAAAAGAUUGAGGCUUUAUCGUUCUGGUGUGAAUCUUAAGAUCUUGCGAUGA